AUGGUCUCGACCUCGGCUAUCCAAUGUGCUUGCUUAGUGCUAUUGCUUGUAACCAUUAACAAAGUUCAAGCUCAGUCCAAAGUUUACAAUGUACUGGAACACGGGGCCGUUGCAGAUGGAAAAUUUGAUAACAGCAAGGUCUUGAGUGAAGUAUGGAACCAAUCCUGUCAUCAAAACACUGGAGGUGGUGUUAUUUUAUUUCCACAAGGGACGUUCAUGGUGGCACCGGUGGUUCUACAAGGGCAUUGCAAGGGACCAAUGGAGUUGCAGGUACAGGGAACCCUACAAGCUCCCGUGGACGUCCAAUCUUCGGUUGGUGUGGACCAUUGGAUCAGCUUCAGAUAUGUUGAACACUUCGUAAUUCAUGGUGGUGGAUUGUUGGACGGCCGAGGAGCCUCUGCUUGGGGAAAGAGCAAGGCACUUCCCACUACAUUGAGGUUAGAUUUUGUUUCUCAUGCAAGCAUCCGCCAAAUAACAUUUCUCAACAGCAAGAACACCCACAUCAAAAUUUUCACAUGCAGUGUUGUAGUAAUUAGCAACAUCAACAUAUCGGCUCCCGGCGACAGUCCCAACACUGACGGAAUCAAAGUAAGUAAUUCCAAAUACAUCCAAAUCUUGGAUUCAGUGAUAUCCGUAGGGGACGACUGCAUAGCGUGCCUUCCCAAUUCAAAGAACAUCAACAUAACUAGAGUUCACUGUGGACCUGGACAUGGAUUUAGCAUCGGAAGCAUUUCUCGUGGUGCUGUUACUAAUUUGAACAUAAGAAACAGCAGUUUAGUUGGUACUCAGAAUGGAGUGAGAAUCAAGACAAAGGCUUAUCCAUCUCAGCCAGGCAACGUUGCAUAUAUUACAUUUGAGCACAUUGAAAUGGAUAAUGUCGGCAACCCCAUCAUCAUUGAUCAAAACUAUUGCCCUGAUCACGGAUGUAGCGGGAAGGAAUCCUCACAAGUUCAGAUUAAAAAUGUUAAGUUUAAUAACAUUUGGGGAACUUCAAGAACAAAGACUGCAGUUAAUUUCAACUGCAGCCAAAGUAAACCUUGCCAUGAGAUUGAGCUGAGAGACAUCGACCUAAAUUAUAGAGACGGAGGACCUGCGAAUUCGUCAUGUUCAUAUGUGGAUGGCAAAGCUUAUGGCAAACAAAACCCUCCUUCUUGCUUAUAA